AUGACCGAAAGUUUUUAUUUUGACCAGUGUUCGUCUGAAACGAUAUCAGAAUUAAUUAGCUUUGCUAACAUCAAUCCAAAUGAUGCACAGAAAAAACGUACUAGAGAAUCAUCCACAUCUACUGAAAAAUCGUCUAGCAAGAAAGUGAAAAGACUGAACUUGGAAGAAGAAGCAAGUGAAAACAAAACCAGCGAUUUUUUGCAACUAUAUGAUAAGAUUGAUAGCGCUGAAUCUAAAAAUGAAGAUGCAUUUCAAGGUCUUAUUUACAGCUAUUUUGAUUUUGGAAAGGCUGUAUUUAAACAAUACAAGAAAUUAAAACUCAAGCAUGGUAAGGAUGGAUCUCAAGCAUUAGUUAAAAGUAAGGUCAAAAAAGCAAUUUCUAAAGCAAAAUGUUCUGAUAAAGUUUUGUGA